AUGUUGCGCGAAUUUUUACUCAUUCCAAUUGGAAUGAUAUUAAUCAUAUUAUGGAUCAUUUCGUUGCGUCCUUCCAUUGAAAAUGUCAACAUUCAACGAUCUUUCAGUCAACAAAUUCAAGCAAAAGAUUUUUUUAAUGCAACAACAACAAAAGUAAGUAUGGAUGAAUUGCUGCUAUUGGAUAGAGCUGAAACAGUUAAACGAAAGCUUCCAUUGCUAUCAGCUUAUAUUCUGGAGGAUGAAAUAUGCAAGCAGUUACUAAUGAGCUACAAAUAUUCAAAAAUGCCUCAAAUAAACAAAUACGUGGUAACCGUUAAUAGAAGCAGCGAUAAGCAUUGGGAUACUUCCUGUAAAGCUAUCCGUCAACGAGGCUUUUAUCCUGAAAUGCCAUUUUCGAGUGCUGAAAAAAACUUCCCAAUUGCCUUCAUUAGAAUUGUUUACAAGGAUUUUCAUUUACAAGAACUUCUUUUCAAUUUAAUGUAUGCACCACAAAAUUUUUACUGCUAUGCAUUGGAUGCUAAGUCCACGCCAUUAUUUCAUUCACAAAUGCGCAAUUUGUCAAAGUGUUUUCCGAAUGUAUUAUUAACGGAACGAGAAUACGAGGUUGAUAGUGCAGGUCAUAACAUGUCACGCAGUUUUCUGGAAUGCUUACGUAUGGUACGAAGAUUACUAGGCUGGAAAUAUGCUAUCCUAUUGCAGAAUAAUGACAUACCAUUGAAAAGCAAUCGAGAAAUGGUGCAAAUUCUGAGCGCUUUAAAUGGAAGUAAUGAUAUCAACAUAGGAUAUCCGAAUGCAGAUCGUGUACCUAAUGGCGCUCCUUGGACUUUUCGAGCACUUACACUUUUCAAUGAUGAGAAGCAAAACGAUGAUCGUAAGUUACGGAUAGCAAAAGGAAGUACGUCGGCAUCAUUAAGUUAUGCAUUUGUAGAAUUCGUUGUUGACAAAUUGAAUCUAACCAUUUUGCUUGAUAAAUUCGAUCGUCUAAGUUAUGGUGUAGAUGAAAUGUUGUUUCCGUCAUUGAAUUCCGAAGAUUCUUUAGGUGCACCCGGUGGAUUUACGAGACAGUGUAUUGAUGUUUACAAUAAUAUGAUCACCAGCAAAAUAUCAAUUGUAAUAAUCAGAUUUGAUUUGUUAAAUGUUCUCAGAUACGUGGUGUGGAAAAAAUCCACGAAAAAUUGUCGAAGUGGUCAGUAUCGCCAUGAUAUUUGUAUAUUUGGUAUUGCUGAUUUACCCACAAUGGCUACUUCUAGAGCUUUAUUUGCUAACAAAAUGCUUCCGGAAUAUGACUAUACUGCAAUCGGUUGCUGGGCUCAUUCCCUUCAUAAUCGAACUUACUCUGCUGCUAAAAUUAUGCCUAUAAAACUUAAUUAUUAUGCUAAUCGUUUACCGGUUCGAUUUCAUAACGAACGAGAAAGAUGGAAAUUAAACUUAUCAGCUUUUAAUUGCUCUUGUUGUUAA